UGUGAGCUAACCCGUCAAAUGACCGGUAUGCCCCGUUUGUUAACCCGAAUGAUUCAAUCAAGGUAGAACGGGAAACCGAUCAUUUCAUUUCAGGUCUCACUCCAGUCUAGUCUCCCCAAAUCUUACAAACUCCAAUCAAAUCCACUCAUCAUCCAAUUCCCUAUUCAAAACCCUCAAAAGUUCCAAUUUUUACACCAACCCAGAUCAGAUCAUGGACCAAACCCACAGAAAGACAGGCAUUCUCCACACCCUAGGAGAAGAAAUCAUCAGAAUCAUAACCCCUGUUUCUAUCUGCAUGCUUUCAGUGGUCAUUUUAGUCUCCAUAUUGGACAAAGAUUCAUCACUCUCUUCUUCAGUCUCCACCAUAGCCACCAUAGCUUACACUGAAACCACAUCUGAUUCAGAAUGGGAUAAGUUCAAAGGAGCACUCUUGAACUCACUUGUCUUUGUUGCUGUUGUGACAGUUGUCACUUUCCUAUUGGUAGUUCUGUUCUACUUUAAUUGCACAAAGUUCUUGAAAUAUUACAUGGGUUUCUCUGCUUUUCUUGUUUUAGGGUUCAUGGGUGGUGAGAUUGGUGUUUUCUUGAUUCAAGUGUAUAGCGUUGCAAUUGAUUGUUUUACUUAUCUGUUGUUGCUCUUGAACUUUACUAUUGUUGGGGUUUUGGCGGUUUUUAUGUCGAAAAUUCCCAUAUUUGUGACUCAAUCUUAUAUGGUGGUUAUUGGAGUUUUGACUGCUUAUUGGUUUACUAUGCUGCCUGAAUGGACCACUUGGGUUCUUUUGGUUGCCAUGGCUUUGUAUGAUCUUGCUGCUGUUUUGUUACCUGGUGGUCCGUUACGGUUAUUAGUCGAGCUUGCUAUAUCGAGGGAUGAAGAUAUCCCUGCCCUUGUUUAUGAAGCCCGGCCCGUAGUUGAUCCUAGAAGUAAUGCCACAGUUCAAAGAAGGGUAUGGAGAGAUAGACCGGUUAAUGUUGAAGCACAAACCGGGACCCAAACUGGCACACAAACCGUUGGAAGUUCUCAAAAUGUUGAAGAGGGUCGCGUUCAUGAGCUAUCGGUUCCACUGAUUGAGCGGCUUAGGGAGCGUGGCGUUGAGCCUGAAAGCUUGGGUCUUGAGGGGAUUGGGUUGGCUUCAACGGGUGCAAUAAAGCUCGGUUUGGGGGACUUUAUCUUCUACAGUGUGUUGGUGGGAAGGGCUGCAAUGUAUGAUUUCAUGACGGUUUAUGCUUGUUAUCUUGCUAUUAUAGCUGGGCUUGGUAUUACUCUUGUUCUUCUUGCUGUAUAUCAAAAAGCUUUGCCUGCACUUCCUGUAUCUGUCAUGCUUGGGGUGUUGUUCUAUGUUUUGACUCGGUUUUUUCUUGAAGAUUUCAUCGUACAAUGUUCUUCAAAUCUUUUGAUGUUUUAGUAUGUUGGGGUAUACGACUUUAUUUUUUAAAAGAUCUUAGCAAGUUCGGAUA